CGCCUUUGCCGCAAGAAGUCGCCCGGUUUAAAAAGGCCCGCGGGGCUGCGGGCUCUAGAGGGCGAGCAAGGUGACGACGCUUCAGGCGCCGAGAGCCAUGAAGUCGGCCCUGGUGCUGCUGGCCGCGUGGCUGGCGCUGACCGCCUAUUACGUCUACCUGCCGCUCCCCAGCACCGUCUCCCAGCCUUGGGGUCUCAUGAUGCUGAACGCGGCUUUCCGGGUCGUGCAACGAUCGUGCGACCUCGGUCAUUACAUAGGAGUGGGCCACCAUGCAAAAUUGCUAAAUAAUUUUGUUGGUUGGUUGGAUAGCCUGAAUAUGCCAUCUUCAAGACAUCUGAAGAUAACAGAUACCCUAUUUGAUGGUGUAGAGGUCCGAGUGUAUCAGCCAGAUACACAGGUCAGCCAGAAGACAUUACAUCGCAGCAUCAUCUACAUCCAUGGAGGAGGAUGGGCUUUGUUAAGUACAAAAAGAGGCACCUAUAAUCAUCUCUGUGAGAUUAUGGCUGAAUCUCUGGAUGCUGUAGUUGUCUCAAUUGAUUACAGGUUAGUGCCAGAUUUCCACUUCCCGGCACAGUUUGAUGAUGUCCUCCGAGCCAGCAAACAUUUUCUGCUGCCAGAUGUCCUAGCUCAAUAUUCUGUUGAUCCCACCAGAAUCGCAAUUUCUGGUGAUAGCGCGGGAGGCAACCUGGCUGCUGCUGUGUGCCAAGAGAUAAGUCAAGAGGAGAACAUGACCAAUAGAUUUAAACUUCAGGCCCUAAUCUAUCCUGUCCUUCAGCCUUUUGAUUUUAAUACUCCUUCAUACCAACAGAACAAACUCAGCCCGAUCCUCUCACGCUUAGUGAUGGUGGAGUUCUGGAUAGAAUAUUUCAAUGGAAGUUAUGAUUUUGUCCAGCCCAUGUUGAUGAACAAUCAUACAUCUCUGGAUGUGAGCGAGGCUAAUUCCUUCAGAGACCGACUAGACUGGACUUUUCUCCUGCCUUCAAGAUUCAGGAAGGAUUACAAGCCCGUAAUUCACACCGUAGGGAAAUCUGAAAUCAUCCAGAAUAUUCCUGGCCUAUUAGAUGUCCAUGCAGUUCCGCUUCUGGCUGAAAAAGAGCUUUUACGCCUGCAGCCCAAAAGUUAUAUUAUGACUUGUGAGAUCGAUAUUCUGAGAGAUGAUGGUCUCAUGUAUGCCAAGCGGUUAGAGAAAGCAGGUGUGGACGUCACUAUUGACCACUUUGAAGACUGUUUUCAUGGCUGCAUGCUCUUCACCAUUUGGCCACUUAAUUUUUCUGCAGGACUUCACACCAGAGACAGCUAUUUCAAGUGGCUGAAUGAAAACUUGUGAACAGAGAUAGAUCAGUCUCUAGAAAAGCAAUUCGUGCUGCUGAUUUGAAGACAUCGCUAGAGAAUUUCCAGUACAGGAUAGCAUGCUGCCCUUUACAUCUUCUGUGACCCAUGAUUUAUGGAGAAAAGUCUUGUGUAAUCUCCAGAAUCCAAUUCUAAAUGUAGUUGCAAGGAAAUAAAUCUGGUCUUAGUGGAGGCAGUAGAAAAAGGUGGCUAAAUAAUCCAUACCCCUGCAGACUACAAGACAAAAAUGUUCUCUGUGAAUAUAGUUUUAUAUAAAAGUUUCUUCAAGAAGAACAUUGACAAAUCAGUGAAAAAACCAAUCAUUCCUAACCUUGAUUUCCUACAUUGAAUUUCUACAUACAAGAAGAAUUUCUUCUCCCUAUGGGUAUUCAUGAGGAAUGAAGCAAAGGGAUGCGUACAUGACAUCAUUGCAUAUUUAUAUCCGAUAGCAAAAUGCCAGUGGAUCCAUCAGAAUGCCAAAUGGCCUUCAAUUUGGCAUAAUUAUAUAUUGCUGCAAAUGUUACUGCUUCCCCACCCCCCCAAAAAAGUAGAGAGGGCAUAGUUCAUUGUUAAAGGAUAUGUUUUGAAUGCAGAAGGAUCCAAAUUCAUUCCAUCUCUAGAAGUAUGCAAAAUAAUCCAUUCUUGGUAAUAAAAGCUCACUGGAA